AUGCCUGCACCAGCUGGGUCUACGGCUACUAGGCCACCGUCGUUGAGGUUGCUGAUUGCCAAACUGAAGGACAUCCAGUCAUCGUUUAAUGAUAUACGACGUUUUAUUGCGAACUUUCGCAGUGACACCAGCAAUUCUAAUGUUGAAAUUCGAUUGGAAAAGCUGGAUGAACUUUGGGAACGGUUUGGAAACAUUGUGGUAGAGAUUAGUAUUCACGAGGACUAUGAGGAGUCAGAGGACCUGGAAGGGGAUAGGGAAGACUUCAGCGACAAGUACUAUGAAGCUAAGUCUUUCCUCGUGGACAAGCUGAAAGAAAGAGAGAUUAGAACCACGUCUGAACAAUCUUUUCGAAAUCCUGAUGCGUCGAUGCAGGGAACCUUUGAGCACGUGAGACUUCCCCAAAUAAAGCUUCAGACAUUUACUGGGGAUAUUGAUGAGUGGCUAAGCUUCAGAGACUUGUUUAAGUCGCUCAUCCAUAACAAAACGGACUUGCCUGAUGUGGAGAAGCUCCACUAUCUAAAGGAUUGUUUGCAGGGCGAGCCUAAGAGUCUGAUCGAUCCGCUCCAGAUAACCGCAGGCAAUUACCGAAUUGCGUGGGACUGCUUGCUGAAGAAAUACAACAACAGCAAGCAGCUCAAGAAGCGUCAAAUUCAAGCGUUGAUGAAGCUACCAACGCUCACGAAGGAAUCACCUGGAGAACUACAUACAUUGGUUGAAGGGUUGGAGAGAACAAUAAAGACAUUGGACCAGAUAGUGCAGCCUGGUGAUUACAAGGACCUCCUAUUAAUCAACAUCGUUACUACGCGCCUGGACCCGGUGACUCGGAGGGGCUGGGAGGAGUUUUCUGCGGCCAAGGAGCAGGAAACGUACAAUGACUUGAUCGAUUUCCUUCAGCGACGAGUUCAGGUGUUGGAUUCUUUGCCGGCCAGGGUGAUAGAGGGAAGAUACCAGCAGCAAACACAACCACAAACAAGACAAAAAUCAGUUGUUUCGAAAACUAGCUUAAAUACGGUGCAAGGUUCUGGGUUCCGCUGUUUCGUUUGCGCAGGCAACCAUUAUCUCUACCAAUGUGUUACGUUUCAAAAAAUGUCAGUGGAUGAUAGGGAAAAGGUAUUGCGUACGCAUUCUCUCUGCCGCAACUGUUUCCGCAAGGGCCACCGUGCGAAGAAUUGCCAAUCAAAAAUUUCGUGUCGAAGAUGUAAGGGUCGACACCAUACUCUUGUGUGCUUCAGAACAGAGGAGGAUACUCAUUCAAGAUUCGGGACAGUCUCAAGGAGCCCCAACAGAAAUCAAGAAAUCAGAAAUCAGGGACCAUCGUGUUCGGCGUCUUCUCAGUCUUCGCAAGUUAUAAAUCUCUCAGCUAAGAAGGCCAUCGCAGGUGAAACGAUAUCGAAACAUUCAACAAAGGUACUUUUGGCAACUGCCGUGGUGAUGGUGAGGGACACCAAUGGUAAUCAGUAUCCAGCCCGUGCUCUCUUGGAUUCGGGCUCAGAGAGCAACUUCAUGACUGAAAGGUUGAGUCAAAAUUUAAGGGUGACUCGUGAACGGGUUAACAUUCCGGUCCUUGGUAUUGGUGAAGUAGCUUCUAAGGUGAAGCAACGGAUUCGAGCUACAAUAUUAUCUCGCGUAUCCGGAUUCUCCCGAGAAAUGGAAUUCUUAAUUUUGCCCAAGGUCACGGUGAAUCUCCCGACUACAUCGAUCAACACAAGAGGAUGGGCAAUACCCGAAGGAAUUCAACUUGCUGACCCCUCGUUCGGGGUACCCACUGCUGUGGAUAUGGUACUCGGUAUCGAGUCAUUCUUUGACUUCUUUGAAUCCGGAACAAAGGUUGGAUUGGGUGAUAAUUUACCAAUACUAAAGGAGACUGUCUUCGGAUGGGUCGUCUGUGGAGGAUUGGCAGAUUCUACUCAGGUUUCAAGAGUUAAUUGUAAUGUGUCAACUACAAAGAAUUUGGAGUCGUUAAUAAGCAAAUUUUGGUCCUGUGAGGAAAUUAAUUCAACAAACGACUAUUCACUGGAGGAAGCCCGCUGCGAGGAAUGGUUCGUACAGUCAGUUGUUCGAGAUGAUGAUGGGCGAUACACGGUUUCAUUGCCAAUGGAAAGGGAUGCUUUGUCGCGACUAGGUAAAUCCAAGAACAUUCACGCUCUUCGACGCUUACAAUCAACUGAACGCAGAUUAACAAGGGAUGCUAGCUUACGGGAAGAGUACAUCUCAUUUAUGGAGGAAUAUCUGCGACUAGGGCAUAUGCGGAAGGUUGAUGGAACUUCUAGGGAGUCAGGCAAACGGAGUUUUCUUCCGCAUCAUCCGGUGGUGAAGGAGAGUAGUACGACAACUAAGGUUCGAGUCGUAUUCGACGCAUCCUGCAAAACUUCUUCUGGGGUUUCCCUGAACGAUGUAUUAUUGACAGGGCCGGUAGUACAGGAGGAUUUGAGGUCGAUUAUUUUACGAUGCCGAAUCAAACAGAUAAUGUUGGUCGCUGAUGUGGAGAAAAUGUUCCGCCAAAUAUAUAUUCAUCCAGAGGAAAGGCCACUUCAAUCCAUUCUGUGGCGUGCAUCACCUAAGGAGGAGGUUUGCACGUACGAAUUAAAUACAGUAACUUAUGGUACAAGGCCAGCACCAUUUUUGGCAACCAGAACACUCAAGCAGUUGGCAACGGAUGAAAGGGAAAAAUAUCCACUCGCAUAUAAGUCAAUUAUCGAGGACACCUACAUGGACGACGUGAUUACUGGCUCAGAUAAUGUUGAAGCAGCCAUUAACUUAAGUUUUCAAUUAAAUCACAUAAUGGAGGACGGUGGAUUUCGGCUGAGGAAAUGGGCUUCCAAUUGUGAAGCGGUGUUGAACACUAUUCCCGAAGAAAAUUCGGCCAUACGAGAUACAGAGGGAAUCAAUCUAGAUCCAGAUAACUAUGUACGUACUCUAGGACUUACUUGGAUUCCCAAAAUGGAUGUCUUUCGAUUCCAAUUCAGCGUUCCACCUAUUGACGAGUACAGCUCAAUUACGAAACGUCAGGUUCUUUCAAUAAUUGCAUCACUUUUCGAUCCCCUGGGGCUUAUAGGAGCCACCAUUGUCACGGCGAAGAUAUUUAUGCAACUGCUUUGGACUCUGCGUGACAACAACAAACACGUUUGGAGUUGGGACCAGCCUUCACCUUCAACGGUGGAUGAGGCUUGGAAAAGGUAUCACAAGCAACUUCCUGGCCUCAAUAAAAUUUAA